AUGUCCUCCUCGUCCUCCGCCGCCGCCACCAACACCCCCGCCGCCAACACCGGCUCCGGCCCCUCUUCUUCCGCCUCUCCCGCGCUCUCUCCUCGCGCCCUGGCCGCCAAUGGUCACUUCUCUGCUGUUGGCGCCCUCUACGCCCAGCAGCUCGACACCCACGAUGCCGACGACGACGCCAAGUUCCCCAUCCCAGCCAUGACCGAUGAGCAAAUGGACGAGUGGGAGCAGGGCUUCGCGAGCGUCAUUGCACCCCACCCCUCCUCCGCCAACACCACCACCAACGCCGCCGGUCCCGCCGCCGGUGUCCGCGCCCGCACCAGUGGCACCAAUGCGCCAGUUCCCCCCGCCGCUCAGACUCCCUCCGGAGGAAACGUCGCGGCCUUGGCUGCUCUUGCCCGUGCCCGUCCUGCUCCGCCCCGCGACACCGCGGGCAAAUACCUCGGAGAAAAGGUGACCGCCGCUCGUUUCGUUUGCUGGGAGCGUGGUUGCGGCGUCAGCGCAACCAAUUCCCGCGAGCUGUCCGUGCACUGGAGGAAGGCUGUGCACGGCAUGGAGAGUGGCCGCGGCAAGCGAGACCCUCGCACCAAGGCCCGCUGGCAGGUCACCGAGCCGUGGCGCUUCGUCCACGACCAGACGAACGAUGCCGGCGCUGCAGCCCAGUGGGCGCAGAAUGUGUGGGAAUUUCUCGCCGUCUGCGAGGAGAAUGAGCAGGCCAGAGCGCAGCAGCAGUAG